AUGACAGAGGAACGAGCAUCAAAGCCUAACAAUUCCCUGUCAUCUAGAUUGCACGAUUGGGGCAAUCAGAUACUUAGUGCCAUAUCCAGGGCCAGGGAUGAAAUUCUCGGUGCAACAACCAGACUCAACUCUGAUCCACCGCCUAACAAUACCUCGGUUACGCCGCCGGAUAACGAAAUCCGUACUUGGCCUAGUACCCAUGGAGGCCAGGGAUGCUUCCCGCCGAUGUCGAGUGCUGAGAACAUUUUACAGUGGGAUGUUUUGCGGAAUCAGCUUCCGAGCUCAGCUCAAUCCCCAAUCAUCACCACGAACUCAUAUGAGCCUGACAGGUCCAUCAACUCCAAGGCUAGUGCCGAUACGUCCUGUGCCGGACUCCGAGCGCUGCAACAAAGUUUCGAGACUCAGUUCCUGGCUCGGUAUCCCAUUAUCAGCAGGCCUUGGCUGACUCGCUGCGUCCGUAAUGUAGCAGAGAGCGACGGAGAAUGGAGUGCUGAAGCAUGUCUCGUGUUUCUGGUUUGCGCUAUUGCAUCCUUUUACGACUGCCCUGCUCACGAAGCCUUGACACCUCAAGCCACCUCUAUCAGCUCAGUGUCUGCCGCCUCAGGCUCAUACAUGCCCAAGUCGCGCCGGCCUACAUACCAAUAUUGGACCAUGGCAAAUCGGAGACUCGGCUGGGCCCUUGACGAGCCUGCGGGUCUACUCGCCGCCCCAUGUUUAUGUCUAGCUGGGUUUUGGCAUCUGCUGAACUUCGCGCCACGAAAGGCUCGUAAUAUGUUUUAUCGUGCUAUUGAUAGUAUGAGAGAUAUGACCUCUUCAAGCUUGUCAGAUACUGAGAGGCCUCUGGCACGAUUUAUGCAGAUCAUUUGUGCCGACCUACUCGAGUAG